AUGAUAUUAGGUGAUACGAGUGUGGCUGGUUCUGAGUUCUCUGAUACCAAUAUUGAUGUCAAUAUCCUAUACGAAAUCAGUGAACUUCGACGAGAAGAGGGUGCAUCAAGUCCGAGCAAUUGCAGUAUUGACAGCGAUUCCAAGCAUUUGAUGUUGCAGGAAAUGGUACCUCCAGAUGUAUGCAUUUGGCAUCCGCAGUCCUGGACCUACAAUAUUGAUCUUAUCACAUACUUUCGUGCAACAUCACCAUGUCAGGAAGUUACUAGAGUCUUAAUUCCUAAGGAGUAUGUUGAGCUAACCGUCAAAGCUCCGCAGUAUGAGGAGACAGAGACUGAAGUUGAACUUCUAAGAAAAUUCCCUCAUAGUGGUGCUUUUGCACGAAGAAGAGGAGCGCGUUGCAUACAAAGAUCACUUAGCGUUCCCGAUUAUUCCAAAGCAGUUGCAGCUUCAAAGAAUGAAAGUGCUUGUGUGGAUCUCAAUUUUAUAAACGCCGAACCGGAGGAGGAGCUGUGUAUUGUUGAAUGCAUCACUGGUGAAGAGGAACGUCUUUCUUUAAAUUGUCAAGCUUCAACUAUCGAACAUGCUUUCUUUGACUACGAAGCCAAGAACUUGAAACAAAAUCAUCAAUGUUGCCUUACGCAAUGUGUUGACCGACAUCAACAAAGUAUCUCUUUGAAAGCAAAGGCUGCAAAUAAUGAAACCUGCUUGUUGAACGACUCUGUAGCAAAUGCAAAACAGGAAACUUUGAGCUGUCUCAUUGAAGUCAAUGAUAGUCAGAGCCUUAUUGCCAGUUUGAGGGCUAAAGCUCCAACCGUAGAAAACUGUGACAUUCAAACUGGUAUUCAACAUGCAGAUGACGGAGUUGGAAGCUGCUAUGUAAAACUUGACGACCAUUAUUUUGCAAGCACUGUUUUGAUCUCAAAAGGUGAGCAGACUAAAAUGUUGCAAUGGCGAAUGUUAUUCGCCUCUUAA